AUGAACCACGACAGUAAUGACACCCAGAAGGUGAAGCUCACCGGCGAGCAGGUCGCUGAGCACAACAACGCCGAAUCCUGCUGGGUCAUUGUCCACGGCCGCGCCUACGAUGUUACCGAGUUCCUGCCUGAGCAUCCCGGAGGCCAAAAGAUUAUCCUAAAGUAUGCCGGCAAGGACAGUACUGAAGCGUUCGAGCCCAUCCACCCGCCCGACACUCUUGACAAGUAUCUCGACAAAUCCAAGCACUUGGGCGAGGUGGACAUGAACACGGUCAAGGAAGAGGCGAAGGAGGUCGACCCUGAUGAGGAAGAGAGACAGAAGCGCAUUGAGCGCAUGCCCAUCCUGGAGCAAUGCUACAACUUGAUGGACUUCGAGGCUGUCGCGCGCAAGGUCAUGAAGAAGACUGCAUGGGCAUACUACUCCAGUGGUGCAGACGACGAAAUCACAUUACGAGAAAACCACAGCGCAUUUCACAAGAUCUGGUUCCGGCCACGCGUACUUAUCGACGUCGAGAAGGUCGACAUGUCCACCACCAUGCUCGGCAGCAAAUGCGAUAUUCCCUUCUAUGUCACUGCGACGGCGUUGGGCAAGCUCGGCAAUCCAGAAGGAGAGGUUGUGCUCACGCGCGGCGCACACAAGCACAAUGUCAUCCAGAUGAUACCCACACUGGCAUCUUGCUCGUUUGACGAAAUCAUGGACGAAGCAAAAGACGGUCAGGUCCAAUGGCUGCAACUGUACGUCAACAAGGACCGGGAGGUCACAAAGCGGAUCGUGCAGCACGCCGAGAAACGCGGCUGCAAGGGUCUCUUCAUUACCGUCGAUGCACCACAGCUCGGUCGUCGCGAGAAAGACAUGCGGAGCAAGUUCGACGAUGUCGGAAGCAACGUUCAGAGCACCGGCGGAGACAAUGUUGACCGUAGUCAAGGCGCCGCACGAGCCAUCUCGUCCUUCAUUGACCCGAGCCUCAGCUGGAAAGAUAUCCCGUGGUUCAGGAGCAUCACCAAGAUGCCCAUUAUUCUCAAGGGUGUGCAGUGUGUUGAGGAUGUCAUCCGCGCCGUCGAAGUUGGCGUCGCAGGCGUAGUUCUUUCAAACCACGGUGGUCGUCAGCUGGAUUUUGCUCGCUCCGGUGUCGAAGUGCUCGCAGAGGUUAUGCCCGUUCUUCGCGCACGCGGCUGGCAGGACCGCAUUGAAGUCUACAUCGAUGGUGGUGUCCGACGUGCCACAGAUAUCAUCAAGGCUGUCGCACUGGGCGCCAAGGGUGUAGGUAUUGGCAGACCUUUCCUUUACGCCAUGUCCGCAUACGGUCUCCCAGGCGUCGACCGGGCUAUGCAGCUUCUGAAGGAUGAGAUGGAGAUGAACAUGCGCCUGAUCGGUGCCUCAAGCAUUGCGGACUUGAAUCCUUCUAUGCUUGACACAAGAGGACUCACGCAACCCGGCGCUGGCUGGGACGAAGCGCAAUGUACAGCAGCACUUGCACAGUUGGAGCAGCUCCAGGCGCAGAUCAACGACAUGCGUCUAGCUAUCCCGCGCAUCAUCGAGCCUUUCCGUCGUCCUCGGAGUUCCGCGACUUAUAAGCUAUAUGUUGAGGGCGUGAAGGGUUCCCAGAACAACCUGAAUGCGCUCACAAAACAAUGGAAAGACCCCGAUAUGCAGAGCACAUUCGAGCAUGUUAAGCAAAGCUUCGGCGCAAAUGCGGAUCUAUCGGAAAGCGUCUCCAUACCUUCCCAUGGAUGGGUAGAAAGAGCGCGGAAGGCAAAGGAGUCGUCAAUGAGCAAGGGAUCUGAAAAAAUAGAUGAUGCCGGUGCUACACUCAGUGAAGAGGAUAUAUCUCGAAUCGUGGUGGAUUUCCGCAAGGUACACCCAACUCUAAAAGUGGAGGCACAAGAUGAUGAUCGCAGCAUAUAUAUGCGGUUCGUUUCCGGUUCUCUCAUGCUGAAAUUCCGUAUUGGCAUCGAGCGCGAAGCAAACGGACGCUACAAACUUAACGCCGAGUGCUUGGGUACAGCAGAGCCCUUUUUGGCCAUCACAAGAUGCAUUGCAUCUCGGCCAAAUGCUGACGAUUUGAGAUAUCUACUGGAUAUGAUUGCUGCAUACAAAACCGUGAAAGGAACUUCGUGUGCCAGGUGUGGAAAACUUCUCGACAAGUCGGCACUGACACCCACCGCAAGACGAAGUAAACAGGUCGCUAGCACGACUGAGACUUCUCAAACUAUAUGGGAAGCGACCCACGAAGGCUGCAUCUGA